GUUUUUCCCAGUCUUCCAUGAUAUUCAUCACGAGAUCCCGUCCUUCCCAAUUCUUACUACGGCCAGCAUGAAAUCCGCUGUGUAUAUCUCACGGGGUUUGUUGAACUCUAAAAGUCAUCAUGUAAGCUCCGGCAUACUUAAUCCAAGCUACGGCCUUGGUCGGACUUCGAUAUUAUUGCCUCGCUUUCCCAUUCGUACAUCUCGUCAAUUCAGUACCAGUGACAGUGAAUCUAUUCCGUGGCUCAAGGGACGCAGAGCGACCACUCGGAUUGUCAGCAAUAACAAAAGAGGGUUUGCAAAUCUGACUGAGCCGACAGAACCAACAGAGCCAGCAGAGCCAGCAGAGCCAACAGAGCCAGCAGAGCCAGCAGGUACGGCGGGCAAGAAUAACUCAUAUAUCGACUUAGACGACGACGACCUGAUUCGCAUUACCAAGCCGGGAACUCGUCAAAAACUUUUUGAUCGCCAUUGGCUGAGAGACUCUUGCGACUGCAGCAUAUGUGUAGACCCCGAUUCCGGCCAGAAAAACUUCGGCACAUGUGACGUGCCAACCAAUCUCCCCAUCGCCAGAGCCUCGUUUACUGAUGAUGGAGGGCUCGAUAUCGUGUGGGAGAGCGAUUUCUUAAGUCAAGGAAAUCACGAGUCCCACUACCCAAUUGCUCGGCUUCUUCCUGGCCCUGCCAGUAUUCAAGCUAAGCACAUACCGUUACCUAAAUGGAUAUUAUGGGACAAGGAUAUCUUCGAAAAGGACCGCUUAACCAUUGACUACGACGAAUGGAUGGCGGGUGGGAGUGAAUUUCUUUCCGGAUUGCAUCGACUCGGCACUCAUGGGCUGAUAUUUCUACGCAACGUGCCACCCUCUGACGAGUCAGUUGUUUCCAUCGCAAAUCAGAUCGGAAACAUACAGGAGACGUUUUACGGCAGGACCUGGGAUGUACGUUCAAAACCGAACGCAGAGAAUGUGGCCUACACGAACUCUUUUCUCGGGCUGCACCAGGACUUGCUAUAUUUGGCUUUCACGCCUCGCAUUCAACUCCUACAUUGCCUUGAAAAUACGUGUGAAGGCGGCGACUCUCUAUUUAGUGACGGUGCGAGAGCUUCUCAUCUAAUUCGACUUGCGUCGAAUAAUUUCAUAGAGCAUCUAAGUACGAAAUCCGUUCGUUACGCGUACAAUAAGCACGGGCACGUUUAUGAAAACUUUCACCCUGUUCUUGACAAAUUCAGUUCACUCACCUUUUGGUCUCCUCCGUUUCAGUCCAGCGACCAAAACAUGAUUCCAAGAAAGGCCUUCCAUUCCUUUUAUCGCAAGUGGCUAGAAGCUGCGACUAAGUUUCGACACUUGAUUGAGGACGAGCAGUGGAUGUACCAGUAUAAGAUGCAACCAGGCGAGUGCGUGCUAUUCGAUAACUUGCGCAUCCUCCAUGGCCGGAAACAGUUCGAUACUGCUACAGGGAGUAGGCACCUGAAAGGAACAUAUAUCGCAAAGGAUGUGUACCUGAGCAAGUUGAAAUCGGUAUCACCCGAACUCAUGGCGUUAGAAAGCCAUAAGCCACCCUCAAUGACGCAGCAGACUAUCAAACUCAAUAAUAAGCAUAAGGUCUGGGAUGAAGUAAAGGAUCCAAAACUCCUCGAAGAGUUUGAAAAGUACAUGGCGCAUCCACGAUGGCAAAGGUAUAAGAUGGACAGGUUAAACAAACCAAAAAAUGCCAAAAGGUUUAUGAAAGACGAAACGGGUGAGGAGUUGGUAAGACGAGUAGAUACCAUAAGAUAAGCAGAGUCACGACGGAUAAUACGAGAUGAGUAAGAAGGAUUAGAAGGAGCCCAUUAUGUGUAACGGUUUACUAGACAGUACGACACGGCUGGAGUAAAUAUCAAUCACUGGAUAUCAUGAUAAAUCAUGAAAUAUUCCGGUGCGCGUGGUCAGGCUAGGUGCAUGUGUUCGUUCUCCCCACAACUCACCCAUAGAUUAAUUUAUGAUCACAUUUGAGAAAUAUGG